CGCCCGGUGCUCACGCCUCCCCCUCAGCCGGGCUGCGCGCGGCGGAGCAGCAGUUACACCAUGGAGGCCGUUCCACAGCCACGGCCGCGGCCCGGCGGGACUGCCGCCGCCGCCACUGCCUCCCUGCCGCCGCAGCCCCCGGAGCAGGAGCGGAAGCUGGAGCAGGAGAAGCUGUCGGGGGUGGUGAAGAGCGUUCACCGGCGGCUGCGCAAGAAGUACCGGGAAGUGGGAGACUUUGAUAAGAUCUGGCGUGAGCACUGUGAGGAUGAGGAAACUCUGUGUGAAUAUGCUGUGGCAAUGAAAAACCUUGCAGAUAAUCACUGGGCAAAAACUUGUGAAGGGGAAGGCCGAAUUGAAUGGUGUUGCAGUGUAUGCAGAGAAUAUUUUCAGAACGGUGGGAAAAGAAAAGCACUUGAGAAAGAUGAAAAAAGAGCACUUCUUGCUUCUAAGACCACUCCAGCUUUAAGUGUCCCCCAGGCUCCCAAGAUCGAAGAUCCCUUGCCGAACUCUGGCUUGACAAAUCAUGAAGCUGUAACAGAAGAAUUGCUCCACUCCUUGGGGAAGAUCAGGUUACUUGACGUUGGUAGCUGCUUUAAUCCAUUUCUGAAGUUUGAAGAAUUUCUAACAGUUGGUAUCGAUAUUGUUCCAGCUGUUGAGAGCGUAUACAAAUGUGACUUCUUAAAUCUUCAAAUUCAGCAACCACUCCAACUGGCACAAGAUGCUAUAGAUGCCUUUCUUAAGCAACUGAAAAACCCUAUUGAUUCUCUACCUGGAGAACUAUUCCAUGUCGUUGUUUUCUCACUCCUCCUUUCUUACUUUCCAUCACCUUAUCAGCGAUGGAUAUGCUGCAAGAAGGCACAUGAACUUCUCGUAUUAAAUGGCUUACUGCUUGUAAUAACUCCUGAUUCAUCUCAUCAGAAUCGCCGGGCUAUGAUGAUGAAAAGCUGGAAAAUUGCCAUAGAGUCCUUGGGUUUUAAACGCUUCAAGUAUUCCAAGUUUUCUCACAUGCACCUGAUGGCAUUUAGGAAGACUUCCCUGCAAACAACAAGUGACUUAGUUAGCAGGAACUACCCAGGAAUGUUGUAUAUCCCACAGGAUUUCAACAGUAUAGAGGAGGAGGAGUAUUCCAACACUUCCUGCUAUGUUCGAUCCGAUACAGAAGAUGAACAACUAGCUUACGGUUUUAUGGAGCUACCUGAUGCUCCUUAUGACUCAGACUCUGGAGAAAGCCAGUCUAGUUCAAUUCCUUUCUAUGAGCUAGAAGAUCCUAUAUUGCUUCUAAGUUAAUGUAGUUGUUGAAAGGCCCUUUCAGUCAAACUCUUGCUUAACUGAUUUUGCUAUACUAACAUGGGCUCAACACACAAAAAUGGUUUGCAUAAGAAAAUGCAAAGGUUUACAGAGUUUGCUAUUUUUUUCUACUUUUGAAUUUUAAAAUUUAUUCUUGUAUGAAAGUGAAAAAAAAAUACAAGUUUUAUGCACAUGACUCAUGUCAUAGCAUAAAUUGCUGUUACUUUCUUUAGAUUUGUAUCACUAAUUCUUUUCCAGAAAGGUACCAUUCUUUUCUUUAGUGCUGUGAAGUGUGAAUUCUAUUUAAUUUGUUAAACGUUGUUUCAAUAUUUUAACCCAAUGUGGUUGAGCUUUAGGCGCUGGAGUUGGUGGGCUUCUGAGAAGUAUAUGUAGGAAGAAAUAAUUAGCACUUUAACUAAAUGUGCAGAUAGGUUAAGACACUUGGUUACACAUAUCCCUUUGUAAUUAUGGAGCAAAACUUUUUCCCAAAAUUUGCUUCACUCUGGGUAGGCCAGAGACAGAGAAACUAUAAUGUUUGCACAUUUAAUUUCAUUUAUUGAGGUAAAGCCAAAUCGAGAUAACACCCAAUACCGGAAUAUAUUAAUCCAUAGUCAUACACACAGUGUAAUUUUGUUGCAUAAAUAGCAGUUACAUAUAAGAUUUCUGUAGAGGUUAUCCCCCCCAGAGGAGUAUAGUACAUCUAGACAAUUAUGUUUCACUUGAAAGCUGGAAUGUGGUUUUGCAGUUUUAUGAGUGUACAAGCACAGACAUAUAUCAGUAUUUUUCUCCAGUUCUCUUCAAACUGUUUUUUUGGGAGGACAGGGUGGGUUUGUCAUGUUUUAAAGUAAAUUAUUUAUGCAUUUUAAAAACAAGCAACUCUUUCUUUAGUUGUCCUUAUUUGUAGACCUCCCAAGUUAUACAGUAACUACAGACCAAUUUUGUAAAAAGGAACAUAAUUAUACAGUUUUUCAAGGAUACACAUAUUUGCACAAAGUUGUGUAUUCAGGCCACACAAGCGAAGGUAACAUAAUUUGUUUGCUUAUUUGGACCCCAAAAUUUUCUGGAUAGCUAAAUAAAAACUCCAUAGCUGUCUGAAAACUGGUCCUUGCUAUAAGGAGAUGGAACAGAAGUGAUUUACAUCUAUUAGGUUUUUUAACUUGGGUAAUAAAUCUGUGAGUUUUUGCAGGAAAAAAAAUUAUAUGCAGUGGUAAAACCAGGAGAUUCAGUGUUAGCUUAGCUUAGCUUUCCUUCCAUCUAAAAAUAAUGGCCAGAAUUUUCAGGUUUGGAUGUUAGGCUGUUAAAUCUACAUGUAAGUGCCUAAUAAUAAAUGAUUUGAACUAGGUGCCACAUCGGGGUUUUAGACUGACUUCUGCAAAAUGGUAGAAAAUACUAAUAUAAGGUUUCAACGGUGGUUGUGGUGAAAUGCACCUUGCACUGUAUUAACCUACCAUGUUGAACUUAUCAUAGAGAGGUUACCAGAUAAACUGAAGUUGUAAUGUGGAAUUUACAGUGGUUGCUACAAAAGUGAAACUUACUCCUUCUAUUGAAGUUUUGCACUGAAAGUGUCAUGGUUUGACCUACCUGUUUUGUUUUGGUUUUUUUUUUAUACUGCUUCCUACAUGAGUCAUCCCCCAUUGGUCCAGUUUACACUCGAAAUGUGAUCUGGACGCUAAUGCUUUAUUCUUUAACAUACGCUUUUUGUGUUUCUCUCCUUAAAUUUAAAGCAUUCCCUAAUACCUGAUUCAGAUUUGUUAUUCAAUCUGAAUGAUACCCUUAUAUACAAACCAAACAAUUCUGAUGUAUUAAAGUUUUGACAUACAAGUAUUAAGGCUGACCUUUUUUGAUUAUUUUUUACAGAGAAGACUCCUCUAAUGAAAUAGACAAUGGCUUCAAAAUUGUCUCUAAGUCAGUAUUUGCAUCCAGUGCUUUACCACUUUGUUUAUUGUUCAAAGCCUUUCUUCUUUGCAGUUAACCACUGACUCCAGCAGUGCUCCUGUUAAAGCUCAAAUGCUGGUGCUAUAAAUUCAGCUGUUUAUGGAAACUUAAUUGUGCAUACUUCAAAGUGUACCUAACAUUUUAGCUGAUACUCCUUUUAAAACAAGUUCUGUACCAGCUAACAUAUAUGUUGGCAUUGAUUAAAUUUUGUGAUUCAUACAAAAAAGUAUUUCAGACCAAGAUCUAUCCCCUCCAAACAGUUACUAAUAUUUAAAAUCUAAGCCUUUUUGACAGGUUGGUGACACCAUAGUAUUUGUGGUUUAGGGACCUGAAGCUCAAAACAGCUUGGUUUUUUUUGCUGCUCAUUCUAAAUACCUGAAGGGGGGUGGGUUGGGGGGGUGUGUGUUUAGUUUGGGUUUUUUUUAUUUUUACCUUUUUUUACCUUUUUUAUUAUUUUUUGCGGGGGAAGGGGUAGGUAGAAAGUGGGAUUUACAUAAAUCUUCUAUCUCCCUGAACAAUAAAGUGGUGAUAUCAGGAGUUGUUGGAUAUUUGGCUUUGGUGCAAGAAGAAUGUUUCUAGAUUAUGAAGUAUUUGAAAAUUAUGACUGUGCAAGAGAUCUCUUUUUCUUAAGGUGCUGGAGAGGAAAAGGAACAUGUGUAUUUGCAUUUCUGUUGUCUUUAUGUCACUACCUUUUGUGAACAAAGCACAUUUAUUAAAAAAUACAAAAACUGAA